GUAUAAACAGAAUAUUUGAUGUAAAAUCUCUCUAGAUAGACUUAUUUAACUAUAAUUGGCUCAUAAUAAGUGCGAUGGCCUCCGUAUAGGAUCGGAGGCUGUGGGGGGCGUCCCACACACCAGUGCUGCUAUGUAAUCAGAAUGAGAUGUGUGGACAGAGCGAGGAGAAUGAGGGCCGCCAGCUAAAACCAUUAAUACAGCUUUAGCCACACAUGAUUGAAUUGCACCGGUUAAAGUCAUUAACUAGCGUCUGGAUGAACUUGUUCCUCCGGGGGUGGUGGGGGUGUGAGUGGACUGCUCUCAGGGAGAAAUAAGACAUAAGACCAGCGCUUAUAUCCUGUCCCAGUGCAGAAGAAUGGACUAAACGCUUUGACCGGAUGACAAAUGGGCCAGCGGUGCCUCCUAAUUGCCCCUUCUAUUUGCAGUUCAUUCUUAUCAAUUUGCAUUCCUAACCUCAAGCGGCUAAUCGGCCAUGGGUUUCCCUCACGUCUGUCUAUUUUUACCCCGGAGCGAGAGGUAGAGUGAAGUGAGGCAGAAUGGGAGCACUAAUGCCGGAGGGAGGAUUUGAACUAACGUGGCUGAGCAUGCACUAACAGACUUCAGUCAUUCUCAGUUAGCUCAUGUUAGCCUGUGCAUCUGAACUGUUGCUCGCAUUAACCCCUGCCAAAGCACAGCCGCCUGGCAGACUGUGAAUGUGAAUACUGUGUGCUUUGCAUCCCUAACUCCUCUUCCCUCCAUGUCUGUUCAGCUUUCUCUUUCUUUUUCUCCACCACAUCCUGUUUCCCUCAUCGCUACGUCAUUUCAUCCCACUAGCCCACGGGGAUGCCAUCGCCUACCACAUUAAAGAAGUCAGAGAAGUCUGGUUUCAGCAGCCUUGUGCCUUCGCAGACCGCUUCCCCUCGAACGGCAUUCACACACCAUCAUCGACCUGUCAUUACAGGACCCAGAGCGAGUCCUCAUGCCACGCCGUCAAGUCUUCAUUUCCCGACGUCGCCAAUCAUCCAGCAGCCUGGCUCGUACUUCCCCCACCACGCCAUCCGCUACCACCCCCAGGAGACGCUCAAGGAGUUUGUCCAACUUGUCUGCCCUGACAGUGGUCAGCAAGCUGGACAGGUGGGCUUCCUUAAUCCCAACGGGAGCAGUCAAGGGAAGGUGCACAACCCGUUCCUGCCCACCCCCAUGUUGCCGCCUCCUCCGCCUCCCCCGAUGGCGCGACCCGUGCCCCUGCCCGUGCCAGACUCCAAACCUCCCUCCACCUCCACCGAGGGAGGCGGUAACUCCCCCACCUCGCCAACCUACUCCACACCGAGCACGUCUCCUGCUCAUCGCUUUGUCAGCGUGGGCCCCAGAGACCCCAGCUUUGUAAAUAUCCCUCAGCAGCCUCAGUGGUACCUGGGCUAAAGACUCCCGACACGGACCGGCCGCUCCCGAGGUCACAUGACCACCCCCUCUGUCUCCCCUGAGUACGACCCGCAAACAUGUACACCAGUCUGAACAGAGAGAAGCCACUUGCUGCCCCAGUACCGGACAGACCCAUAGCAUGGCUCCAGCAGAACCCCGCCAAGCCCUGGAACAAGAAGAACCGACUCAACGCGCUUACACCCACUUACUAUAUAUCUAUAUAGUCCAUAUGUAUUCUUCCAUAUGUAUGGUUUAUAUGCCUAUAUUCAUAUAUAGUAGCUGUCCAGCUCUUCUGAGGGUGGAGCUCGAAAAAAAAAAAGAAGAGCUUUCUUUUCUCGGAAACGUGCACGUUUUUUUUUCUUUUGUUUGUUUUUGUUGUGUUUUUGGUUCACCCUCACAGAUAGACGAGGAAAACAUAACAUGACGUAAUCAAAGAGCUUCCCGCUUCUGUGCCUGUGGUCUUAAAGUGAAUUCUAAGGCAUUUCCAACGCAGUCUGUGGCCAAGGGUCGCAUACCCACAACCACCCGGAGGUCGGAGCUCUGCCUUUCAAUCACUCGUGUUUUGACGGAUCAAUACGGUUUUCGUAUCGGUGAACGUUGGAGGUUUCGCCUGGGUCAGAUAUGCCACCAGCUAAAAAUCUCUAUUGCGUCUGCUGGCCAGGACCAUUUCCUCCCCUUUCCACCAUCAUCACCACCACCAUCAACACACCAUGUCAGAUCAAGAACUUUCAAGGACUCAACCAAACCCAUUUUUUCAGUUGUUUUGUGUCAUGUUGGGGCAGGCGAUGAAGAAGUCAUGAACGGUGAUGUUUGAUACCAGGUCAUUUUACGGUAUGCUAACGGGAGAUCUCCCUCCCCACUUGGAGGCAUGUUCAUAUUUUGUGUUUUUCGUACAAAAAUCAUCGCGAUUCUUUCUAAUCUUCCUAAACCCCAGCGGAAGGUCUGUCACACACCAAGGGCCAAGUGAAGGUUCGAUCUUCCAUAAACUGCAAGAAAAGGUUAACCGUGAAUACUGAAUUGAGGAAAGUGCAAUUUUGUUGGGUAGAUGUUGGAUUGUUAAAUAUCUUUGUAAGAUAGAUCGUUGAAGCGAUUGUUGAAAAGUAUAUAUAUAAAUAUAUAUAUUUUUCUUCCUAGUCCGUUCACACCUCCAGGACUCUAAAAUAUCGGGGUACAAAAAAGAAAAAAAAACACGUAAAGAGGAAAAUAGAACAAAUAGCCUUGUGAGAAAUAAGGGGAGCUGUAAUUGAUUUUUCUGUUGUUGUUUUUUAUGUGUUUGUUUGCUUGUUCAUCGAUUGUUAGCAUUGUAGAACAAAUAUCCCUUUAAGAAAUAUCAACGUUUAAACAAUCAAUUUAGUUCAUUUCCAAAACGCUACAGCAAAUAUUUUAAUUUAACCGAGCACAUAAUGAAAUACGUAAGAAAAUUAGCCGUUUGCGAAAUCAUGAAUGAAAAAAUCGACUGUUUAAAUGCGAACGCAAGAGGCGAAAUACGGAACUAACUUCCUCGCUGACACUUUCAAAAGCGUCGCGCAAAAAUGUGAAGAUCCAGCUUCCCUCGCAUGCCAUUUUUGUUGUUUUUUUGAGUUUUUGUUCGUUUCCUGUACGAAACAUAUAUAUAUAUAAAUAUAUACACUUACAGUCUCAUCCACCGUCGAUCAAAGCUCAGUAAAGUUUAAAAAAAAAAUUUUAAAGAAAAUAAUCUGCAUGUUCUAGUGUUAGUGACAAAUUUUUACAUAGAUUACGUAGAGUUAAAGUAGUGUGAAAAACAUUGUAAUCCCAACAUCGAGCACUUGCCGAUCAAGUAUUUGUUUGGUCCUUUAAAAAAAGGGUAUUUUUACUGCUGUUCUCACAAUCAACCAGCUAAACAUCUCUCUGACUCUUCUUAGGUUGUCGUCAUUUCUAUAAAGUCUCCCUUCCUCCUUUAUUCCCGUCAGAACAAUCGUUUUCAUACGUACGCACUUCAUCGUCCCUUUUCCAACUGCACGAACAAUUCCACAUCGAUGUGCCUUGAGCGAUGGUCUAGUUCUGAGUUAUUGCACAAGCUGCAAUGUGGAGAUGUGAAUAUUUUUUUACCUUAUCAUCCCACCUUCCACAUGUAGUCAUUUGGAGAGAGUCAAAUUAGUGCUAAUUGAUAAUACACAGUAUUGCUCUCCAUUUAACUACAUAUCGCCACUUUCGGUCGUCCGUUGCUUCGAAAAUCCCAUCGUUUACACUUCAAUCAGUUGAAAGUCAAUCAUUCGCCCGAGAAAAUGCGUAACGCGAAGGUUUUUGUGUCAUCGUGCCCUUUUUUCUCCAAUUUAACAGUAGUGUAUUGAUAUUUAUGGAUGUUGCUGCAAUUUCUAAAUGACGACUACUUUUUCUUUUUUCGGACUUCCUGGAUUUUUUUUCGUUCCCAGAGAUGAAUAAUGAGGAAAAGAUUAAUAUGCAAUACUUGCUUGCACUCAUGUAGUCAUUUUUGAUUUUUUUUUUACCACCAAAGUGAGCACUUGACAGGUCAAGUGGCUGAACGUCAGUGUGUUUUUCAUGCCCAUGACACGAGAAAAUGCCAUUGAUCAGCCUCACUUGGGUUUCACACAAACAAUCAUCAAUGUUUUCGCAUACUUUGUUUUUUCGGUCAAUCAACCAAGCCUUAAAAACGAGGAAACGUCCUUUCCAUCACAAACACACAAAAGCGAACACGUCCAGGACAAAAAAUAUGCCCAGUUUUUGUACAUUUUGACAAAGUUCCAUGUUAUAUUAAUUGUUUACCUGUUUAUUUUCUAUUGCAUACAUCAUUUAAGAAAAAACAAAAAACGAAUUAUGGGGACGAAUUUCCCAGGCAUAUGAUGUGAUGAUUUAGUAGUUACACUUGUGUGGGGUUUUUUUAGCGUGAUUUUUUUUGUCAUUGUCCUUGCCUACCCUUUAGAAAUGAGUUGGGCAUUACUUUCUUAAUCGUAUGCACUAAAUAUAAAAUAAUGACAAUUGUGAUAAUUGAGAAAAAAAUUCAAAAAAAUACAAACAAAAAAAAGCUUCCAGGGCUUAAAAGAGCGAAGGGAAACACGAUUGCACGGAUAUUUUUUUUUUUUU